ACGCACGGUGGACAUUUGGCAUCUGGUGGUUGCGUGCACAUCCACGGGCUUGUGGCAGCUUCGGCAAACUCAGUUGCGGGCUGAACCAUGUCCUUGAGCCCCAAACAUUCAACACCUUUCUCAGUGAGCGAUAUAUUGAGCCCGAUUGAGGAGACCUUCAAGAAGUUUGCAGCCAUGGAGUGCACAGCGAGCCUGGCGUCUCCUCUCUACAGACAGACUCAGAUGUCUCAGGCAAACCUGCAACAGCACAGCAUGAGCCAUAACACCUACCACAUGCCCCACUCCCAGUUCUCACACACCGCCAUGGGAGGAUACUGCAACGGGACUAUUGGCACCAUGGGAGACCUGCCGUCGUACCAGGAGAGCAUGCGGAACAGCGCAACGGCGACGACCUGGUACGGCUCGACCCAAGAGCCGAGAUAUCCAACAAUUUCCAGGUUUAUGGGUCCAUCGACGGCCAUGAACAUGGGAACACUAACAGGAAUGGAUGAAUCUAAAUCUCUGGUGAAUUUACACGCUGCGCCACGGAGAAAACGGCGCGUCCUCUUCUCUCAAGCGCAGGUCUACGAGCUGGAGCGACGAUUUAAACAGCAGAAAUAUCUGUCGGCACCAGAGAGAGAACAUUUGGCCAGCAUGAUUCACCUGACGCCGACCCAGGUGAAGAUCUGGUUCCAAAACCACAGGUAUAAAAUGAAACGCCAAGCGAAGGAUAAAGCGUCCCCACAGCAGCAAGGGGACACUGGAAACAUGUGCGCGCAACAGUCGCCGAGGCGCGUCGCCGUGCCUGUGCUCGUUAAGGACGGUAAACCGUGUCAGAACGGCUCCAACACAGAGACACCUGUCCAUCAGCAGGUGCAGAAUGUGAUGAGCAGUGAGACUUUGGUUUCAGCUGAAGAUUUGGAGAUGUCACCCAGUCCACCUCUCAUGAACAGCCUGUCUCAAACUGACGCAGCGCUCAUUGAAUACACCAGCAGUAUGGUGAACUCAAACCUGCUGUACGGCAGAACAUGGUGAUGUUUCACAAAUCCGUUGAAA